GUGUCUUCCCAACUCUCUCCCUGUAUCUUGGAACUUGAACCAUUCCACCGUCAGUUAUAUAUUCAUCUUCAAUUGUACAACAGUUUCUGGUAAACAAAAGUUUAACAUUAUUCUCUACAACUAGUUCCACAUUGUUACCAAUUGGAAAAAUCUAUUCUAAAAUGAGGAAGGUGCUGAUCAAUGCACUUCUAAUUUUCUCUAUCUGGACAUUGGGGAAUUGUUCCCUACAAGAAGCAUCAGAUGAUUUGGAGGAUGUGGUCAGUGAUUAUCAUCCGUUAAAGAAUUGCCGGACAAAUAUUCCCGGACUUCUUCCAUUGAAAGCGACGUUCGAGAAUCUAGACGAGAAAUUAUUCACCGGUUUGACAAAUAUGGAUUGUUUGGAUCUCAAAUCAAGAGGGAUUCAUCAAAUCACAACUGGGUUUUUCAAAAAAUUCCCCAAUCUUCGUGCAGUGAAUUUAGCGAAAAAUUCCCUAGAUGUGAACACAUUUUUUCAAAAUCAAGACCUAGUGAAUAUCGAGUCUCUCAACUUGGACGAUAACAAGAGAAUCGCGACUCUCAAAAUUGUUGGGAUUUAUCCAAAUCUGAAGCAUCUCUACCUGAGAAAUUUGGGUUUGAAUAAUCUUGAUAUCCUCUUCACGAGUAGUUUGACACACCUACAUCUCUCGAAUAAUUAUUUUUAUCAAGGUUCUCUAAAAAUAUCCGCCCUAGUAACGCACUUGUUUCUCGAUAACAAUAAUUUAGGGAAACUUCCCGAUGUUAGUCCAAAUCUUCGUCUACUAAGUCUGAAUGAUAACGUUUUUGAAAAAAUCGGUUGCACCCAAAAACCCAACAUCCGAUCACUGUGUCUAGAGAAAUUCCCCCAAUUGGAACAAUUACUAAUUGCCAGUAAUAAUCUAUUUGAAAUCGAGGCAAAUGCCUUUGAGAAGAAUGGAAAACUUAUUGAAUUAGAUUUAUCGGGUAAUAAUAUUGAUAAAUUAAAUGAAAACUCUUUGGGGAAAUUGAAUAAUUUGCGAAAGUUAAAUCUGAGUAGUAAUCCAUUGACGGAAGUACCAAAAGUUUGUGUUCUAACGAAUCUCGAAUUAUUGAUUCUCGACCACACGAGAAUAAUUGGAAUUGUUGACAAUGGAUUUUGUGAACUGAAGAAAUUGAAAGCGUUAUGGUUGAAUGAUGUGGGAAUUGAGAGAAUUGGAGAGAAUUCUUUUGGUAAUUUAAUUGCAUUGGAGGAACUGCAUCUUGGUGAGAAUCGUUUGAGAACACUUGACGGAUGGCAAAUGCCAUUCAGUCUUCGUCGUUUAUAUCUUGAGGGAAAUUCAUUUAAGUGUUUAGCCGAUGCCACGAGAAUUGGCACUGCCUUCCUUGAAUAUUUAGAUCUUAGACAAAAUCAAAUCAAUGAUUCUGAAGUACGUUCGUUUAAUAUUUCCAAAUUGCACAUCGAUUUUAUUAGCUUAUGCUUUGAUUUUGGAGGAGCUUUUCAACCGGAUCCACUUGGAAGUGACCAGCAAUUAACAGAGGAACUACGUUCAUUGGUUGGUGAACAGGAAUUUGGUUAUGAUAAUUUAUUACUCUCAACAUGUCAAAAGCAAAAUCCAGAUAAAGUUUCACUUGAUCUUUCAAAUUUGGGAAUAAACCGACUACCAAGGAGCUUCGUUUCUAGUCAACUUGUCACUUGUUUGAAUCUACAGGGUAACAAUUUUUUGGACAAUAUAAAUCUUGACGUCUUUAAUACGCAACCAAACCUCGAAUAUUUAAAUCUGGCCGAAAAUAAUGUUAAUCUACAAGAAAUACUAAAUAUUACUACACAUAAAAAAAUUAAAACAUUAAUUUUAGACAAGAUUUACAAUUAUAGAAUAGAAUAUGGCAACUAUAAUCAUGACUACAAUGAAUUCAGUACGUUGCAUCUUCGUUUACCGAGUUUACAGUAUCUUUCAUUACAAGCAAUGGAUCCUAAUAGAGAUGAUCAAGAUGACUUUUCAUAUUUAGAUUUUACUUCCACAAAUUUAACACAUUUAUUCUUGUCCAACAAUAAUAUAGACGAAAUAAAUGAGAGGUUUUUCCAAAAAUUCCCAUCAACUUUGACUCAUUUGUUUUUGGAAAGAUGUAAACUUAAUUCAUACUCAUCACCAAUGAAUCAAACAGCAUCAUUAAUUUUUCUCUCAAUGGACGGUAAUUCAUUUUCAUGUUCAAAGGGUGGUUGCUUAGAUUUUGAAAGUCAUCCGGAUUUGAAAUAUUUAUCUUUGGCAAAUUGCGAAAUAAACGUUAUUUCACACAACACAUUUUUCUAUAAUUCUAAACUCACUUAUUUGGACAUGUCGGGCAAUAAAAUUGAAGAACUUUCUGAUAGAGUAUUUCUGAAAACACCAGCUCUGGAAUCAUUGAACCUAAACAACAAUCAACUUUGGGAAAUACCAAAUCUCCAUACUUUGUCGAACUUGAAAAAAUUAUACUUGAAAAAUAAUCGAAUAACAAAUUUGAAUAAGGGUUGUUUUACUAGUUUAGAGAACUUGGAAAUUUUGUCAUUGAGUAGCAAUAAUAUUGGGGCGAUUGAUGGCAGUACCUUUGAUAAUCUUUUGAGUUUGAUUGUACUCGAUCUUUCUGGUAAUAAAAUCAAGAAAUUAGAUUAUAAUUCACCGUUUAAUCUCGAUUAUUUGAUUUUAACAGAUAAUUUAAUUUCUUCGAUCAAGGAUAUUGAUUUGGGUAAUUCAACAUUGAAAUAUUUGAUACUUGUCAAUAAUCCUUUAAUGAGUCUAACGCCACAGUCUCUUGAAUUUUUAUCUAAAGAUACGACGAUUGUUCUGCAAAAACCACCAGCAGAUUUAUAGAAAACACUUCUUGUAAUUCGAAAAUAAAUAUUUACUGUUUUUAUCCAUUUGUAAGUUUAGUUGUAACCUUUAAGAAAUUAUACUCUUUUAUGUAACAAACUUGACUAUUGCGUCAACAUUUUUUGCACAAUUGUUCAUAGAAUACGAAUAUUAUAGUAGAAUAUUGUAACCUUUUAUUUGGUUAAUAAACUUUUAUCAUAAA